CCGCAGCGACGCCCUCACCGGAAGUCCCGCCUCUGCCGUGGGCCUGCGAGAAUCGAGGCACUCGCUGGCGUACCCAUGUAUCGAAAUGAGUUCACGGCCUGGUACCGGCGGAUGUCGGUGGUCUACGGGAUCGGCACCUGGUCUGUGUUGGGCUCACUGCUUUACUAUAGCCGGACAAUGGCGAAGUCGUCAGUAGACCAAAAGGAUGGCUCAGCAAGUGAAGUACCCAGUGAACUCUCUGAACGCCCAAAAGGAUUUUAUGUGGAAACAGUUGUCACAUAUAAAGAAGAUUUUGUUCCAAAUACAGAAAAGAUCCUCAACUAUUGGAAAUCAUGGACUGGUGGCCCUGGUACAGAACCAUGACUGGCUGCUGAAUUCUGAAAACCAGGACUUGGUUCAACAUUUAAAUUUGAUAGUUGCCUUGAUUCCCAUUUUGGGUUUGUGAAAAGUGUAUGUAUUUAAAUUUGCUAUAAAACAUAAUCACUAAUAAUAUGCAAUAAAUAUUUUCUUGAAGGAAA